UGCAUCCCUGAAGGCUAGAUAAUUUCUUUCCAAGUUGAGCAGCGUCACGUACUUGAUCGAUCUUCUUCGUUCGCGAUGAAGACCUUGUUGUUACUCCUUGCAUUAAUGUUUCUUGCUGUUCACAGCGAGACAAAGAUAGAGGACGAAGCCCUUGGGAAUGCCGAUGAAAAUAACUUGAAAGAAAUCGUUAUGGAUGAUGAUGAUAAUUAUGGUGGUGGGGAUGAUGAUGACGACGACGACGACGACGAUGAUGACGACAAUGGGUCUGGUCCUAUGCCGCCUUCACGAAAAUGCCAACAAAAAUACAUGCAGUGUAUGAAGAAUGCGAACGGAUUGACGGAUCGUCAACAGUGCAAACAAGAUUACCGACAAUGCGUCAGCAGACGGCCUUGUCGACUCCAACGUUAUAUAUGCCUAAGGAAUGCUGGAUGGGAUUACUACAAGAGGUACUUAUGUCACUUGAGGUACAAACAGUGCCGUGCAGGAGGAAAGAAACCUCAGUGAACAGAGUAAUAAAGCAAGACAUUCAACUAUAGAUCAUGUGACAACCAAACAACCAAUCAGCUUUUAAUCAACUUAAUUAUAUGAAGAGUUAUAGUUCACAAUUAAAUAGUAGUGUGUAUGAUC